CAAAUUACCCCUAUCUUUUCCUAUAAAUUCUUGGCUCCAUUUACAAGGUUCAUGGUGGAAGAAAAAUUGAGAGACUGCCAGAAAAAACCAUCGAAGUACGGAGCUCAUAAACAAGACAAAAAUGAAGGGAACGUUAUUUCAACCCCUCUUGAAAUACAUUCAUGAAGAUGAUGGUAGCGAAGAAGAGGAAGAAAGCAAAGAAAAAUCAGUGGCAGGAGAAGAAACUGAAGGAGGUGAAUUUGAUGACAUAACAGAGUCAGUCCAGUACAAGAACCUCCGGAAAGGAGAAACAACCAAACAAGGAGACGAUCUAUCCUUGGAGAAACAUGGGCUUUGGUUGCAAGAACAGAAGUCCAGAGUAGCAAGGCUUCAGAAACACCUCAAAUCAAGAUGGACUCUGGAGGAUCUCAUUCAGCAGCAUCUCCACAUGUACCAUGCCCACUUCAACCGGGCCUUGGUCUCAGCCCGUCUCCAAGAUGUGGCCCAACUACUCAUGCCCCAAUGGGCUCCACCUCACGAGCUCGCCUCACUAGCCUGGCUCGGCGACUGGCGGCCCUCCGCAAUUCUGGGCCUGAUCUGGGCCCGGGCCCGCACCUCACCGUCGCUGUCGGGGUCGUAUCCGGCCAUCCAGCGCCUCUUGCCGCAGCUGAUCCACGAGCUACGCAUCGAGGAGACGGUGGUGGAGGAGGAGAUGGCGGAGAUCCAAGCCACCUGUGUCCUCCACCUCCCUUUCGCUCCCAUGAACCACCGUACGGGUGGCGCCGCAUUGCGCUGCAUUCAGUCGGAGUUCAAGAAGAUCCACCAAGUGAUCGUUAAGGCCCAAAGCCUCAGGUUCAAGGCAUUGGAGAUGGUGGUGAACAAUGUAUUGAGCCAAACCGACGCGGCGGAGUUCUUGGUAGCAUUUGCCGGAAUUCAGAAGUCCAUCCACCAGUUCGCGGCGCAUCAAAGGCUCCGAAAGGGUCAACUGUCGGUGUGUGUGAAGGCGGUGGGAAAUAGUCAGAGUUGAGUGAUAGGAGAGUGUAGGUAUUACUAGGCACUGAAGUUUUGAAUUCUCAAGUUUUAAAAAGUUUCAGUAGGUGAUGACUUUGGAAUUUUAUGUGGGAACUAAUAAUAUCAGGCAUGAAUUUUUUUUUU